AUGCAGACCUGGAGAAAGGAAGAGAAAGCCGGUAUGCUGUCGGCAUUGAUCGCCCCCUUCAAGUACAUAAGCCCUGGGACCAGCAGCACAGAGGACGAGGACAGUUUAAGCACCAGCAGCGCCGAGGUGAAGGAAAACCGCAACGUGGGCAACCUGGAGGACCGCUCCCUCAGCGCCGGGGAGUGCCAGUCCCGUUUCCGCGCGGACCCCGCCCGGAGCGGGACCUCCGGCCUGAAGCGGAAGCGGCCUCUGGAGGAGGACAACAACGGUCACCUGUGCCAGCUGCGCCUCAUCUACAAGAAGCUGUCCUGGUCCGAGGCGCCCAAGAACGCCCUGGUGCAGCUGAACGAGCUCCGCCCGGGCCUGCAGUACCGCCUGGUGUCCCAGACGGGCCCCGUCCACGCCCCCGUCUUCUCCAUCGCCGUGGAGGUGAACGGGCUGAGCUUCGAGGGCACGGGGCCCACCAAGAAGAAAGCCAAGAUGCGGGCGGCCGAGUCGGCGCUCAAGUCCUUCGUCCAGUUCCCCAACGCCCCGCAGGCCCACCUGGCCAUGGGGAACAUCUCCAACCCGGCGGCCGACUUCACCUCGGACCAGGCCGACGUCCCCGGCACGCUCUUCAAGGAGUUCGAGCCCUCGCCGUGCGGCGGCGGGCUGUCGCUGUGCGGGUCGGCCAGCGAGAGCGAGCUGGUGUCCAGCGAGCUGCUGCGGCGCGGCCGGCUGCUGCGCCACACGCUGGACCUCAUGGUGCAGGCCCAGCAGAGGCUGGGCGGCAUCACGCCCGAGGCCGAGGCCCCCAAGGGGCCCGUGGCGCUGCUCAACGAGCUGCGGCCGGGCCUGCGCUACGCCUGCCUGUCGGAGCGGGCGCAGGGCGCGCGCCUGCGCAGCUUCGUGACGGCCGUGCGCGUGGACGGACGCGUCUUCGAGGGCUGCGGGCGCAGCAAGAAGCUGGCCAAGACGCAGGCGGCCCAGUGCGCCCUGCAGGCCCUCUUCAACGUCAGGACGGCGCCCGAGGGGAGCGCCGGCCUCAGAGCCAGCAGGAAGAGCUGCCCUCAUUUACCCCAGGUGAGAAACCAAAAAAAAAAAACGCAUCGCCCGUCUUCCGCUAAGCGCUUUCGGCAGCCGCUCCGCUUCCUACAGGGGACC